AUGGAUCGUAUAAUUAUAAUUUUGGGAGGGACGUUGUUUUUGGCAUUUCUAGUCUGCAGUGAGGCUCCAUUUGUCAAAAUGACAAAUGCUGUCUGCAAGUCGUACAACAAAUCCUGGGUUGCUAUUCACUACUGUCGUCUGAAGGCCUAUUCCCGGAACAAGACCAGCUUGAAUAUAAAUGCCACUUUCAUAGAGCCAGCCUAUCGCAUAUCCGUUCACAUGAAGAUAAUGAAGAAGGCCAGUGGCUAUAAGCCGUUUCUGUUUGAUUAUACCUUCGAUGCCUGCGAGUUUAUGAGGAGACGACACCAGCCCGUUGCCAAGAUCAUAUGGAACAUGAUCAAGGACAUCUCUACAGUGAAUCAUACCUGUCCUUACGUGGGCUUACAAGUGGUUAGCGAUUUCCAUCGUAUUGAAGUUCCUGUAAGUUUACCAACUGGAGACUACUUACUUCUACUGGAUUGGAUAUUCGACGAAAAACCACAGUUUGCCACAAAUGUUUAUUUCACAUUCGUAGAGGACUUGUUUCCAAAGAGACCAACUGAGGGAAAAAGCUUAGUUGCAGAGGCACCCUCUGUAAAAAUGACAAACGCCGUGUGUAAGUCGUAUAACAAAUCCUGGGUGGCUAUUCACUACUGUCGCCUGAAGGCCUAUUCUCGGAACAAGACCAGCUUGAAUAUAAAUGCCACGUUCAUAGAGCCAGCCUAUCGCAUAUCCCUUCACAUGAAGAUGAUGAAGAAGGCCAGUGGCUUUAAGCCGUUUCUGUUUGAUUAUACCUUCGAUGCCUGCGAGUUUAUGAGGAGACGGAACCAGCCCUUUGCCAAGAUCAUCUGGAAUCUGAUCAAGGAUGUAUCCACGGUGAACCACACCUGUCCUUAUAUGGGCCUACAAAUGGUUAGUGACUUCCACCGCAUCGAAAUUCCCAUUGUUCUGCCGACUGGAGAGUACUUGCUUUUGCUAGAUUGGAUAUUCGAUGGUAAACCGCAGUUCGCUACAAAUGUUUACUUCACAUAUGUUGAGGACUUGUUUACGAAAAAACCAACUGCACGAAGUGAUUGA